AUGCAAAAGCCCCCAAUCUCUGAGAAGACGAGGUCGUGCGCCUGCCGACAUCCACAACUCUCGCCGGCAUCACAGGGACGAAAAAAGGCCAGAGCGAGGAUGAGGCACGUGUCGAAGAUCGACGGACGGCUAACAACGGCUGAUAAAGGAUCGUUGGCAGAGAGCAUUGCGGCUGUGGAGCAGCACUAUACGGCGGAGCCCUGUGCGGCUGUCGGGGCGCUGUCGGCUUGGAUGGGGUGGAUGGAGACAGAGUAUCACAACGAAGGGUCCGUCGCCUCGGCAUUUAUAGUUUCUGGGACGGUGCUGGCCGGUUACCUGUCGGAGCCGAAGCUGGCGACGGAAGCCACCGAGAUUAUGAUACACACAACAAUACUAAUGUAUAUUAUGCCGAUGACCCUGGCGGGUUGUGUCUCCGCCUGA